AUGAUCGCGUUCCGCGCGGCGGCCGCGCGUCGCUCCGCGGCCGCCGCAGGGCAUGCGGCGGGCCCGGCCGCUUCCGGCGGGAGCGAGGAGGCGGCGCGGGACACGGCGCGGCCGCGGACCGAGGACCUCGAGGACGGCGUGCCGCUGCCGCUGCGUGCGCAUGGUCUGGAGGCGCUUCGGGCGCUCGCGGCGGCGUCGGCGAACACGGCUGAGCGUCGCGUCCAGAAGAAGAACAUCCAGUUCGACGCAGCGCGGAGCUCGUGGCAGCACCUCUUCGACCCGAGCAAGUCCGACUCCCUCCUGGCUCGGGGGUACGCCGCCAAGGGCGGCACGGGCGCCGACUACGGCCGCUACUGGAUCACGGCCGCGGGGCUCGAGUACCUCGCGGCCGUGGACCGCGCCCACGUCGCCGACGCCGACGCCGACGAGGAUCUGGACCUAGUCGACGCCGCCGCUGCCGACGACGAUGACCAUGGUGAUGCCCCUGCCCCUGCCGCUGCGCCUGCGCGCGUCCACGCGGCGCGGGCCGCGAGGCUCAGCAAGGAGCUGGGCACCGCGCGGCGCUCGGCCUCGUCGGCGCGCGCGUCAAUGGCCGCAUCCACGAGCAGCUCCCACGUGUGGAAGGUCGCGCGGCGGAACGCCAAGACCGUCGCCGCGUGCGACGGGUGA